UUAUGCGAUAACCAUGGCGUCAAAUACAAGAAAUCCAAAGGACAUCCGAUCUAUUGUCGAGGACAGUGAUAAGGAUAUGUCCGACAUGCAGCAGAAUUUGUCCAAGUUGAAGGGGCUAUCAGCUGAUGAUAAGACUGAAAAAGCUAUGCUUCGCUCUCGUAUUGAUGAACAGUCUCAGUUGAUCAUGAUUUUGAAACAGCGUGCAGAUGAAGUUGCAAACAAAACAAAGUCGGUUGACAGAAUUAAUGAAGAACUGAUCAGCUUCAGAGAUUCGGCUAAAGACAUGUUAGAUGGAGAAAUCAGGAAGUACAACAUACUCAAUUCUAGGUUUGAUGACUUGGCAGCCAAUCAUCAAGAAAUGAUAAAAAUAAAAGACGAAUAUAAAAGAGCAAAUAAAGAUCUACGAGAAGAAAAUUCACGGUUAAGGGAUGAAAAUGCUCGUAUAUUUUCUGGUGCUAUUGCUGAAAAGGAUGAACAAAUAAGUGAACUGGCGAAAAAGCUUGGAAGUCUCAAAGAACAGUGUAAUACACUGGAACAUCGCAACAGACAUAACACACAGGAGUUUCGUAUGAAGGAAGAGGCUUUACAGGGUGAUAUCAGGGCAUUACAGGACCAGCACAAAAAGGAUGUGAAGUCUCUACAGGCCAAAUUACACGAGGCAGAGGAGAGGUUAAAAAGUGCAAACUACAAGCUACAGAAUCAGGCUGACUCUAAGAAAACCUUGGAUGCUGAGACUCAGCAGAAGAUUCUGCAACUUACCAAGGAGAAGGAUGAACUGCUUGAUCUGGCAAUGCAGCGAGGAAAAAUUGUACAUAAAGAACAGACAGAGAAUAAGAAGUUACAACAGAGGAUAGGGGAAAUGGAAAAGGCUGUGAGGAAUAUGGAGGAAAAGUUUGAUCGAGAGGCAGCUGCUGUGAAUUCCAACCUCCAGGUGAGGCGUCUCCGAGAAGAUCUAGAAGAUUCAUCUGUCAGAAACAAGGAAAUACAGAGUGAAUUUGAGGCCUAUAAGAAACACACAAAUGCCCUGCUGCAGAGAGAGCGGGAUAUUAAUGAGAAAUUACGAAACUUAGCCGGAUGAUCAGGAUCAAGGGAAGAUAACUCUUAUAUUG